UUGAAAGGUAUUACCGGAACACCCUCUGCUGGUCUUGUUAUAAUAAACAUGACAUCAAAGUUUAGCUUGACACUUCCACAGGUCGCUUUCAGCUUUGAAGAUGAGUUCCAGAGUGUCAGGUGAUCCGGAGGAAGAGGAUGAAGAAGAAGAAGACGAAGAAGAAGAAGGGAGCGUCAACCCGACAGAGGUGAAAAUGAGUCAGAUGGUGAUGCCCUGUCACAGCAACCAUCGACAGGAGCUGAGCGUGGGACAGCUGCUCAAGUGGAUGGACUCCAGUGCCUGCCUCUCUGCUGAGAGGCAUGCUGGGUGUCCCUGCGUCACUGCCUCCAUGGACGACAUCCACUUUGAACACACCAUCAGCGUUGGUCAGGUGGUGAACAUCAAGGCAAAGGUCAACAGAGCCUUUAACACCAGCAUGGAGGUGGGCAUACAGGUGAUCUGUGAGGACCUGUUCUCUGAUCGCCACUGGAGGGUUUGUCACGCCUACGCCACCUUUGUUACCCAGCGCACCAACACAGGAAAAAAGGUGACCCUGAAGCCUGUUGUACCUCACACUGAGAAAGAGCAGGUUGAAUACAGCGUGGCCGCUGAGAGACGGAGGGUCAGGAUGUUACACGAUGACAUCGUCAAAGACCUGCUCUCUCAUGGGUCCAUCCUGCAGGCUGACAACUCAGCAGUAAGCAAAGCGGUGGCAGCAGAGAAGACCAAGGUGGAGAGUGUUGAACUGGUUCUACCACCACAUGCUAACCAUCAGGUGAAUACAUUUGGAGGACAGAUCAUGGCCUGGAUGGUGAAUGUAGCUAAUAUUGCUGCCAGUCGUCUGUGUCAGGCCCACCCGACUCUGCGAACCAUCGACAUGUUCACCUUCAGAGGACCUUCUCAGGUUGGAGACAGACUGCUGCUGAAGGCCAUAGUCAACAACGCCUUCAAAAACAGCAUGGAGGUGGGGGUGCGAGCUGAAGCCUACCAUGAGGAAGGGCCUAACCGACACAUAAACUCUGCCUUCAUGACCUUCGAGGUGCUCGACGACCACAGGAAGCCGUGCACGUUACCAUGGAUACGACCAGAACCCUUGGAAGGGGGGAGGAGGUUUCAAGAGGCCAUAGCCAGGAAGAAGAUCAGAUUGGACAGAAAGUACAUCAUUUCCCACAAGCAGGGCGAAGUCCCUCUGUCUGUACCCUGGGACCCCAGGAACCAGGUGUAUCUGAGCUAUAACAAUGUUUCAGCUCUGAAGAUGUUGGCUGCUAGAAACAACUGGCGCCUCAGCUCUGAGAAAGACAAGGUGCGUCUGUACACCCUGGAGCAGAAGUCCAUGUUGAGUAUUCGGGUGGAGUCGGAGGUGGAUGUUCCCGCUCUCACAGCCUUUUGUCUGCUGGCUGAGCUGAGCAACAGGGCGAGCUGGGACACACAUUAUCAGGAAUGUGAGCUGAUUCACCAGGUGGACGAUGAUGACUUCCUGUAUCGAGUGGUGACCCCAGCAGUGGGUCAAGGUGGAGUAGGUUCCCCAACGUCAGCCCAGCAGUGUGAAGGGAUUCUACAGGACUUCAUCUUGUUGGCUUCCAAUAGGAAGCCAUGUGGCAGCGGAGAUCCGUACAUCAUCGCACUGCGCUCAGUGUCCCUGCCCACUCACCCUCCCACCGAGGGAUACAACAGAGGAGAGGUUCUGUGUGCUGGAUUUACCAUACUGGAGACCAAAAACAACACAUCAGUGAUCAGUUACUAUAACCAGACGUCUCCAGAGGUUCUUCCCUACAUCUCCACAGAUAUCGCCGGCCUCUCCUCCACUUUCUACCACAACUUCUGCUCCUUCAGCAAAUACCUGACCAGGAAAAGACUGCAGUCCACCUCUGAGGUGCAAACCAGCCAAUAUCAGGCCACGAACACAGACAGCCCCACCUGUGAUACUGAAGGUGAUAAUCUGUCAGUGGCCCUCCACAGCACACAGCUGUAGACAGUCAGUGGUACUUUACAGGCCAGUUUACAUCCAAAGUG